AUGGAAGUAAAGAAAUUUGGGGAGGAGAGGACGACUAAGCCAACAUUAAGGCCGAAAGAAGAGAAAAUGGAGAUGUCCGAUUUAAUAAAUUAGAUGGAAAUCUUAGGCAUCUUGCCGAAUAGAUUCAAGUCAUCAGAUGGAGAUGUACGAUUUAAUAGAUUUGCUCUUCUUGUUUUCAGAAGGUACAAAAAGGCUGAGUGACCUCUUAACUACAUGGCCAUGUAGUGCCUGAGGUGACGAUUCUCUGCCGCGUCUCUACUCGGGUCGCAACGGAAUCAGGCAGCGAGAGUUGUCACGUGAUUCGCAAAUGAAUGAAUGAGUGAAUGAAUGAGUGAAUGACAUGACAUCAAUAAGGCAAGCUAUAUCUUCCGAGACAGCGAAGUAUCAAACAUUUUGGUUCCCGAAAUGUUUCCAGUUUCAUUUCGAGUCCCGAAUCGGCUUGUGUAAGGAUCGGAGUCUAAUUUGGGGGGCUGACUACGGAUAUGGAGGUGAGAUGAAGAUGGGAGGUUACAGUAACACGACAGGACAGUAUGGAGCAGGGAUCGGUGGCGGAGGCAGAAUAGAGCAAAAUCAGCAGCAAGAGCAGCAGCAGCAGCAGCAGCAGGGGCUACAGAUGGAACGACAGCUAGAGCGGGAGCAGCAGCAAGAGCAACAGUGGCAGCUAGAGCAGCAGCAAGAGCAACAGCGGCGGCUAGAGAUGGAACGACAGCAGCAAGAGCUAGCGCGGCAGCAGCAAGAGCAACAAUGGCGGCUAGAGCAGCAGCAAGAGCAACAGUGGCAGGAGGCGCAACAGUGGCGUCAAGAGCAGCAGCAAGCAGAGCUACAGCGGCAACAGCAAAACAACUUUCAACAGCAGGAUAAUUUUCAAGAUGGUCUCGGCACACGUGGGCUUUCACCUGUUAAGGCUAUCAAGAAUAAUACAUCUUUCAGUUGUUCAUCUUUCAGUCGUACUUCUAUUUCAGUCUCUACUUUAUCUAAUAUUACAUCCACCUUAUCUACUGUGAUGAAAAAUAUUUGGACCGCUCGUUACUUUUCUUUCGUCUCAGUAAGUUACUUCCUUCAAAUGCGAUACAUCUAUCUUGUGUGAAAAGUAUAGCUCAGAAUUCGUCUUGACCACAACUCCAUUGAAUACUUGAACAUAAGUCCAUGAGACCCAGCUCAAAGGGAGAUGAAGAUCAUGAAUAUUUACUAGCGCUAAAAAACGUGGCUCGCCUUCAAGAGGGGUCGAGUCUUCACCACGUGGCUUUCAGUCGGGUGGCGCAAGAGAAAUCGACCGAGGUGGGAGUCCACAACAACCAAGUUAUCAAGGUCAGGCCAAAACGAGCAGCCCAGGAAGACUGGCGGAUAGAGGAGGUGUAAGUCCUCGCCCAGGAGAUACGGGAACGAGUGCACCACCAGGAGCUACUGCACCAGGGUACGCAGCGAGGGCCAUGGCACCAGGAGCUAAUGCACCAGGAGCUACUGCACAAGGGUACGCAGCGAGUGCCGUGGAUAAGAGGGGUCCAGCACUUUCCGACAUGGAUAAUCAAUAUGGACGAGCUGGACCAGUCGAGCAAGAAUUUGCGAUGGAUAUUCGCGGUCGUGGGGGUCGGUCUCUUUAAGCCAGAGCGCUCUAUUAAAGAGGGUUUAGGGUUAGCCCUUCUUAGUGGGUACAUUCAAUUAUUCAGUUAAUUUUUUUGAAUUUUUUUUUGUUACCCAGAGGAUCUGAGAUCGAUUAGUAUAUUAGCAAAGAGACUCGUCCCAUGAGCAGGAUCUAGAGGAAUACCUAAUUUUUUUUCUAAUACGUGGCUUUUGAGGAUCCACGCACGCUUCCGCAAGCUGGGGACCCUGCUCGCCCUAAGACGUCGCAUCCGGUUUUGCAGGACAACGUUCUCUUCCCGUAUGAUAACGACAUGCGACCAGAUAUUAUGAAUCGAAGAUUUUUACAGUACUCAAUUUUCCCUUUUACCAGUCGUGUUUAAAGAUAAUGAUGAAAACUUCUACUCACUCUCGUAGAUCCCCUUUUAUAGAGACCGUCGCAUAGAGAGGCCCUUGUAUAGAGACUCUUUCCACAGCACACAAGCCCUUUCAUUGAGACUCUGGAACAGUACACCGUCAAUGCGCUGAAAAAUUACAAGGAGGAAGAGGACGAUGCGAAGAAAAAGAAAAGCAGUUAAGGCGACUUUAUCCCUAUAGUGUAAAGUGUGUUGGGCGCGCCAAGUGUGUUCUCAAAUUCACUGUCAUGGUAUAGUAGUUGUCUUCAUGUGUGUUUGAGAAUAAUAGAGAUAGACGUGAAGUUUAGCUUAGAUUUCCCGAACGAAGGGGGAGGUGCAUCUAGCUGCGUAUUCACAGUAAUGACAGUCAAAUCACCCUUUUAGCAAACAUGAGCCUAAACCAUACCCACUCUAAGUUGUAGACCGCAAGCUCGAUUUUUCGCCGAAUAGUCGUCGGGACCGGGAUCGUGGCGAUCGGGAUCGGGAUCGUGAUCGUGGUGAUCGUGAUCGUGGCGAUCGAGAUCGCCGUCGGGACGAGAGCGACCGGCGUCGGGACGAGGGCGACCGGCGUCGGGACGAGAGCGACCGGCGUCGGGACGAGAGCGACCGGCGUCGGGACGAGAGCUCCGGGAAAAAGGAGAAGAAAGGGAACAUUCGGCACAGGGAUCCAGAUGCAGCUAAUGAAGUUAUGAAAUCGAAAUUGACGCUGUAGCUAUGUUGUUAUAGAAUAAGUACAGUGUAGAAGUUGUUGCCUAUCGAAGUUGGAGGUGCGGCAGUCGCAGCUGCGGGGAGGUCGGUGCCCUGUAUAGGCACCCUGAUUGAUUGAUGCUGUAGUAAGUAUUUCAUUUCUACGAGGCUUUUCUCGCAGUUUCCUUCUUGGGUCUCUGCAGAAAUAGAAGAACAUACUCGCUUAUUUCAGCUUUUCGCAUAGCUAGUAUGUCGUUAUAGUAAGUACAGUGUAGAAGUUGUUGCCGAUGGUAGUGAGCCACUACAAAUACUAGUUGUUGUCACGAACGGCCAUGCCGAGGGAACUCACGUGACAUUUUCUUCUUCCUGCUCAACACUCGUCCUCUAACGUUCACUUACGUCGAAGAUACCGGAAAACAGCAGCUCAGGAAGUCGACUCGAGGGCAAAGAAGGAGAAAAAACGGGUUAUCAUGGCAUAUGCAGAUGCCAUGGACAACAUCGAACUGCCUUUAUGGACGAGGCCAACAUUACUAUUCUACAGAUCAUGAUCUGGGGUUUUUAGAAGUGGAUUCGAAGCUCUUUAUGCAUUCAUUCAUCUUGACUACUUGAGACGCGACAACGUUGAUGCUCAACAUUUACAGUGUCCACCUCUCUCAGCACCAUCUUAAUACAACUCGGCUUUAGUACCCGUACUACAGUACAAAGGCGAAUAGGUGGGUACCAAGAUUUCCCAAUUAUGGAUCCUAAGACGAGGACUACUUGUUUCUCCUUGCUGAUAGUAGAGAGUGACUAAGACCAUCUGAGACGCACUGACGAUGACUAAGAUGGGUCCUAGAAGCUUCUACCACACUCUAAUCCUGAACUACGAAGACAGCAAGCGUGAGUGGGAUAAAAAACAACGGAAAGGACAACGCCGAGACGAGAAGGCGAUGCGUUCUCUGGACAAACUGAUUUUAUGCAUGUUGACUCAAACAAUAAUACAGAAGCUCACGACAAUAAGUUAUCAUCAUCCACCACUUUUUAGUUUAUGCUCCUCUUCAAGCAUGAGGUGGAGGGGUUUACUUGCGAAUUCCAUUUUAGUCGAAUACUCAAGUUGUAACAAACCGAGUGUCCUCCUCUGCGACCACACUAUAUCUGGAGGCAAGUCGAUUACUUCAGUUUAUCGAAGUGUAGGCUAUGAAAAUCGUCCUAGGAUACUAGGCGCUAAUAAUCGCCGGAUCAAACCUCGACGAAUUCGGCAGCUUCGGGCAAUAAGAUGCAGGGAGCUUUCUGAAAGUCACAGUCAGUCAGAAUCUCCUGUUUUUACGGCUAUCGCUGAAGCUUAUCGCUGAAACAUCCUUGGCCCCUUUGUCGAGGGGAAAAAGAAGCCAAGGAUGCUCUCAGGGAUGCGACCGCGGUAGCUCUAACGUUUGCCUUCUACUUGGGAAGCCAACUCCUCAGGACGUCACAAAAAGAACCUGUUUCGAAGAAAGUCGUACUCGAUUGAAUUAGUGCUGCUGCAGCUCGCUGUUUUGUAUUUUGCUUCUUCCUCCAGAGUGUCUCAACAGUGUCUGAGCACAGAGACAAAAUAUUGUCCGAAAUUAAAAUCCACUGUCCUUUACUGUCCUGUUAGCUCCUUGAUUCUGAUUUUACGUUCUUUGUAACCUGAUUCUCACUUCAAUUCUAACACCUCGAUUCUCCCCAGGCAAAAAAGAAAAACUCCAAGCAAGCUCAAACUUAAAUUUGUACAUGUUCAAGUAAGUUAAGUAUUCUUCCUACUCCAAGCAAGAAGCUAACUAAGAUUUCAUCUACUCCGCGUUGUUUUGCAAGCUAUAAGUCUUAUGUCUACUCAAAGCAAGCUAUUUACCUCAGGUGUACACCAAUAAUGAUCGAUCAACUAGGUGUGGACCAACGCUUCGGUCCGACUCGAACCAUGUUACAAUCACACAUUUCGCUUCCUUUUUUUGUCAGUUCACACACUAGGCUAAUACAAGUAACAACAGUUUGAGAUGUUCACAUCUUUUCGCAGCGUGGUAACAGUUAGAGGAGGUCCUCGUGGUUUUCUUUGAAGUCAUUUUUCAUUCUCAUCGCUAGCGAAGAUACGCCAGGUCAUAAAUUCGUUACUUUGUCCAGCUGACACUCUUGUAUCACAUAGACGGAACUUUACUGUAGAAAAGUUCAAAAUGAGGAAAAAAGAAGCACUUGUGUGGAAGAAACGCAGAUUUCCGAACAUUUUGGAUUUUAUUUCUGCACCUUGUUCUUUAUACGCAUUCGCAUGGUGGUGAUAAAAGUUUACGUCUAUUUUCACGAAGUAAAGAGGUGCUGACUCACGCG